AUGUCUGUUUCUCGUAAGGAGUUUGAUGUGAAGCAAAUUUUACGCAUUCGGUGGCGCUGGUUCGGUCACCCUCCAUCUCCACCUGCCACGUCCAGCGAAAGUCGACGGGGGGAUUUUUGGGACCAAGGGCAGAGUGCCUCAAAUACUGAGAGGAAGUUCUUAGAUCCUGGGAACCUCCCUCUACCACUAGCAUCUCUCAGCUACCGGAGAUCCAGCCGACAGGAAGUCCCAAAUUCACCACUUGGCAAACUUCCCAUGACAGAUCUUCCCUCAUUUGAGUUUACGGAUGAAAACUGUGAGGGUGCACAUUGCCAUGACAAACAUGAAGCCGAGGAUGAAGGGAGUGAAGAAGAGAAUGACACAGACAGCAGUUUCUGCAGCAGGGCUUCAAACAGCAGUCAGACUCUGUCCUCAUGCCACACCAUGGAUACCUCUGCCCCCGAGGAAUGUUUUCAGGCACUCAACCAUGCUGAACAAACCUUCAAGAAGAUGGAGAACUAUCUUCGGCAUAAGCAGCUUUGUGAUGUUGUGUUGCUGGCAGGUGACCGGAGGAUCCCAGCUCACAGGUUGGUUCUCUCUUCGGUUUCAGACUAUUUUGCUGCAAUGUUCACAAAUGAUGUAAGGGAGGCUAAACAAGAAGAAAUAAAGAUGGAAGGUGUUGAUCCAAAUGCAUUAUGGGCAUUAGUGCAAUAUUCUUACACAGGCCGCCUGGAAUUAAAAGAAGACAAUAUUGAGUGUCUCUUAUCCACAGCUUGCCUCCUACAACUCUCACAGGUCGUGGAGGCAUGCUGUGGGUUCCUGAUGAAGCAGCUUCAUUCUUCCAACUGCCUUGGAAUUCGCUCAUUUGCUGAUGCGCAGGGCUGCACUGACCUGCAUAAAGUGGCUCACAACUACACCAUGGAGCACUUCAUGGAGGUGAUAAGAAACCAGGAGUUUCUGCUACUGCCGGCCAAUGAGGUAGUUAAGCUGUUGGCCAGUGAUGAUAUGAAUAUACCAAAUGAAGAGACCAUACUGAAUGCGUUGCUUAGCUGGGUUCGGCAUGAUACAGAAAGCAGACAGAAAGAACUUAGCAAAUUGCUAGCUUACAUCAGACUUCCGUUACUUUGUCCUCAGUUUCUUGCAGACAUGGAGAACAACCUGCUGUUCAGGGAUGAUAUUGAAUGUCAAAAGCUCAUCAUGGAAGCAAUGAAAUACCACCUGCUACCAGAGCGGCGGAACAUGAUGCAGAGUCCUCGCACUAAACCUAGGAAGUCCACUGUUGGUGUGCUGUUUGCUGUUGGGGGAAUGGAUGCAACCAAAGGUGCCACAAGUAUUGAAAAAUACGAUCUUCGUGCUAAUACAUGGACACAUGUGGCAAAUAUGAAUGGGAGACGGCUACAGUUCGGUGUGUCAGUUUUGGAUGAUAAACUUUACGUUGUGGGUGGUAGAGAUGGACUGAAGACAUUAAACACUGUUGAGUGCUACAACCCAAAGACUAAAACCUGGAGUGUGAUGCCUCCUAUGUCUACACAUAGACAUGGCCUUGGUGUGGCAGUGCUGGAAGGUCCUAUGUAUGCUGUGGGUGGACACGAUGGCUGGAGCUAUUUAAACACAGUGGAGCGAUGGGACCCUCAGGCUCGGCAGUGGAACUUUGUAGCUAGUAUGUCCAUGCCACGAAGUACCGUUGGUGUAGCAAUACUUAAUGGAAAACUAUAUGCUGUUGGAGGUCGAGAUGGAAGUUCUUGUCUGAAGUCUGUAGAAUGUUUUGAUCCCCACACGAACAAAUGGACCCUUUGUGCACAGAUGUCUAAGAGACGGGGAGGCGUGGGAGUUGCUACCUGGAAUGGCUUCUUGUAUGCUAUUGGAGGACAUGAUGCACCAGCAUCUAAUCUCACAUCAAGGCUGUCUGACUGUGUUGAGAGAUAUGAUCCUAAAACUGAUACCUGGACAGCAGUGGCCCCAAUGAGCAUAAGCAGAGAUGCAGUUGGUGUUUGCUUACUUGGUGAUCGACUCUAUGCAGUUGGAGGAUAUGAUGGACAGUCUUAUCUGAACACCGUAGAAGCCUAUGAUCCUCAGAGUAAUGAGUGGAUGCAGGUUGCACCAUUGUGCCUUGGAAGGGCUGGAGCUUGUGUGGUCACUGUUAAACUGUGAAUUAUUUUCAUUUUGUACUACAAGUAUUCCAAAUCUUCAUUGGGGCAAGAAGUCCAAGGACGUUUCUUCAGCUUUACUCCAACAUAAAGUUAUCAAAAUAAAAUAUAGAAAAAUGCAUUAAAUAUUAAAUUAACCUAAACAUAUAUUUGGAAUUCUAAAACUCUAUAUUAUUGGUGAUAAUAUGUUUGAAUUCUUGAAGUAGAAACUGUCAAACCAAAUCUGUUUAAAGUCACUUUUAAAGUCACUGAAACUCAGGAGGACAUAAACUAUGGACCAAGUUGUAUCUCCUAAAAUUUAAGACAAUACUUCCCUUUCCCAUCUUAUUCCUAAAAGCAAAACUAGAUAAAUGUGGGCCCAAACUAUUGAAUUGUCAUUUAAAAUUCUGUUAUGUUUUUGUAAAUGUUCAACAUCCAUUAUCAGAAACUUGUGUUAGAGACUAAAUCAAUUUUGUGGAGGUAGACAGAGCCAAUUCAAUUCAAGGGGGUUACAAAACAUUUUUCUGUACAUUUUAACAAUAGUUUUAGCUUAACUGAUUUUCAUCUAUACUGUUUUAGCUUAUUUAACUCUGCCCUUUUCAUCAAUUCCCUCUGCCCCCAUGCUGAAAGGUAGUUCUGUUCUCCCUUGGGGUUAUUCUCUAUUAGUAAAUGUACAGGUCUUGGCACUGUGUGCUUCUAAUUUGAUUUUUCUCUUGUAAGUGCUCACCACUAUUCAUGCUAUAUUUGCACCAGGAAACGAGAGAAUAAUAUAUCCACAGCACUAAGAUUUCCGCCUCCUCCAGUAGUUUCUGAUGCACAUCAGGGCUAAUUUUCAUUUGUCGAUAAAUUUACCAACCCGGUUGCAGGUGCUUAUGUGGUUGAUACAUUUAUUGACUAGCAGAAAAUAACCCCCAUGAGAUGCUAUAAUUUGAAGGACUUUUAGUUUAGCUUUUGUCUUAAAGAAAAUGUUAGAUUUAGUUACAAUAAUGCUCUGGGCUGAUAAUAUUACCAUAGACUGGAACAUCAAGUUUAUCAGCUUAUUGAUAUAUAGACCAAGUGCACAAUAUAUGCUGUGUUUAACUAUGCUUUUGUCUUAAGUGUUUGAAAUGGAAGCUGGAAUAUAAUUGUUUUGGUUGCUUCUUUUUAUAUUAACCAUGUUCCAAAAACACUUUCAGAAUUUGUUUUAUGUUUGUUAUACCAAAAUUGCCUUUGUGUUAAAAAUAAUUAAAUGCAAGUAUAUUUUUAACAUGCAUGAGAGUUUAAUAUAUGGAAGUCAUUGCUAAACAUUGUUUAUUUGCUUGUAGAACAUUUAUUUCUGUAACUUCUAGCAUUCCACAAUGAUAUUUUCUAAGGAAAAUUUAAGCACCUGCUAAAAUAUUGUCCAUUUAUGUCCAUUAUUAUUAUUAUUAAAACCACAAAUUAUAAACAUUGAAUGAUAGAAAUUCUAGUAUUGA